AUGUGGCUAUACAAGCGAGGAUGUUGUUCUUCGGUGUCAACGAAAACGAAAUCUGAAGAAUGUUAUUUUUGCAGAUACAAUGAUUACACUCACGACGAAUUCAGUAGAUGCAACUGCACACCACCAUACUCAGCUGAAGCAGCAAUCUCAGCACGAGGAGACUUAAAUCCAGCUGAUGGUAUUUAUCCUGUGUCAAUUAUGGGUCAUCGUAAUCAUGGAGGACUUGACUAUAAGGGAACCAACUACGAAAUGUUCCAAAAGCUUCGCUUUCGUGCUAUAGGAUGUCCAACGUAUGAUAAUGUGCCUCCGUUCCAAUGGAGUAACUUUGAUUACGUGAGUUCCUUCCUCGAAUGA